AAUAAAGGAGGAUAGCAAGCCCAACCAAGGGCCAGAGAUAUACAAUUGAACCAUGAUCGCGCAGGCUCUAAUAGGUCUCUUGACCGUGUACUGCAUAUCGCUCCUUUCGCAAUUCCUGCGCAACGUCCGUCUCGCCAAGAAAACCGGUCUUCCGUACAUCUGCCUUCCGGUCUCCGAGUUCAACAUUCUCGUCCUGACCAUCUUUGGACUGGAAGCUAUUCCAAAUUUUAUCAAUACCUGGCUGCCGGGCUGGUUGGCGGAUAUAGUCUACGACAAUGCGGUCAAUUGUCGCUGGACCGUGCGGGAUCGUCGCGCAAAGAAGCUCGGCCAAGUGAGUCUGGUCGUUACGCCGACGACGCUGAGUUGCAAUGUUGCCGAUGCGGCUGUCGUGUCGCAGGUCUGCACUGAGCGAGGGAUGUUUCCGAAGCCGGUGUGGCAGUACGAGGUGUUGGAGCUAUACGGACCGAAUGUUCUCACUUGUGAGGAUAAGCAAUGGGCUCAUCAUCGUCGCCACACGGCGACGACGUUCAACGAGAGCAACAACAAGCUCGUCUGGCGGAUUUCCAUCCAGCAAGCCCUUGAGAUGAUCGCUCAAUGGGAACAAAAAUAUAAACACUCGUCGAGCGACAGACAACUGAUCAUACCGGCUGCGAAAUCAGACAUUCUGAAACUGACACUAAAUGUGAUCUGUGGCGCAGGCUUUGGCGUCUCUUUACCGUUCAAACCCAACUCUGGAGCAGCAGCUACGAAUGACCUUGCCAGUUUACUCCGAGAUAGUGAUAGCCCGCCUCAAGGGGCUCAUUUUACAUUUUGUUCGGUGAUCGAGUAUAUGAACUCGUGUCUCAACACCGUGAUUCUCGCGAAUAUGGUCAUCCCAAAGUGGAUUCCACGGAUGACGAUGCCAUUCUUCAAGAACGACUUCUUCGCAUUUGAAGACUUCCAACAUUACCUUCAAGCACUUGUCGAUGGUGCCAAAGCCGAGAAAAACCAGGAUAGGACACACGAUCUCUUACAGGGCAUCGUGCAGUCCCAGCAGAAAGAUGACGGCCUCACAGACUCCGAAAUCAUCGGCAACCUCCACAUCCUCACAGUAGCAGGACACGAAACAACCGCCACAACAUUGCGAUUCGCGCUUGUUCUGUUAGCCAUGCAUCCCGAUAUCCAAGACUGGCUACAGGUUUCCCUAGAUGAGACACUAAAAUCUCAACCCUCCGACCCAAAAGACUGGGACUACACGACUCUAUUUCCCAAACUCAUCGCUCCCCUCUGCAUAAUGCUCGAAACCCUCCGCCUCUACCCCCCCGUGGUAACAGUCCCGAAAUGGACCGCCUCCAACCCCGUCCCCAUAACCCACCAACAACAAACCUACACCCUGCCCCCAAACGUCAACAUAAACCUCAACGCCAACGCCCUGCACUACUCACCCGAAUACUGGGGCCCCGACGCCGCAUCAUUCAGUCCCCGGCGCUGGGACAAGUCAAACGCAGAUAGCUUCCUCGCUCCGAAUGAUGGAAAGACAGGGCUGGCUGGUCCGGGCUUGGAAUUCGAUACGAUCCACAGGCCGGUGCGCGGGGCGUUUAUCCCCUUCAGUGAUGGGUUUCGCGCGUGUGUGGGGAAGAGGUUCGCACAGGUGGAGUUUGUGGCUGUCCUGGCGAUUCUGUUUAGUCGGUAUCGAGUGUCUUUGGGGAAGAUGGAUGCAAGGGAGAGUGAGGAGGUGGUUUAUCGGAGGGCGGAGAAGGUGUUGAAUGAGAGUGUUACGGUGUUGACGCUGGGGAUGAGGAGGGAUGUUCCGUUGGUUUUUGAACAACGGAAUCUAUAACGUAUAACAGGUAUGUAUGUGUAUGAGUACGAGGUCAUUAGUCUAUUCAUCUCAUCUCGUCUAAUCUCGUCUAAUCGAAUCCAUCAGACAUGUACAUCACGCUUAAUAAACAAAGCAAAGCAAAGCAAAUGGUAUC